GGGAGCUGUACUGGAUGGUUCUGUCCCUCUCUGCGUAGCAGCCACACGCCCGCAAAUAGUCUGUCGUUUGUAGCUGCUGAAGCGUACAUCCAGCAUUAAAUCAUAGCACAGCGCAAUGUUUAGACAGCAUGCCGUGCAAGGAUCAAAUUGCAGCACAAUGGCUGACAAUAAAGCCAAGUCGACCAAACCUGCAAAUAAGACUCCUCCAAAGUCUCCUUCAGAUCCAGCAAAGGAGCGAGCGGCAAAACGAUUAUCCUAUGAUUCAAACAGCUCCCAUGAAGGAGCUAUGGCAGGAGAAAUAAGUGCUCUGGAAGAGGCCUUUAGAAAAUUUGCCAUCCAUGGUGACACAAGAGCCACAGGAAAAGAAAUGCAUGGGAAGAACUGGUCAAAGCUAUGUAAGGACUGUCAUGUGAUAGAUGGGAAGAACGUGACAAUCACAGAUGUUGACAUUGUCUUCAGUAAAAUCAAGUAAGUUCCUUUCUGCCAUCAUUUUCUUA